GACUGAUGGGAACAGCCAUAGGAACAUGUUUCGGUUACUGGCUCGGUGUUUCCUCCUUCAUCUACUUCCUGCAUCUAAUCAACUCACUGCUGGGUUACGGUCUGUUUGGGCACUGCGUGGUCCUCCUCAUCACCUACAACAUCCACUUCCACUUCCUGUUCUACGUGCUGUGGCUGCUGUGUGGAGGACUGUCCACUCUGCGCAUGGUGGGGGCCCUGCUGUCCCGUACGGUGGGUCAGACCCCCCGUCUGCUGCUCUGCGGGACUCUCUCCGUCCUCCACAUGCUCUUCCUGUUCUACCUGCACUUCGCCUACCACAAGAUCCUCGAAGGUCAGACACCACGUCACAUUAUAACCUGUCGUACAGCCUCUAUAACCUGUCGUACAGCUCUAUAACCUGUCGUACAGCUCUAUAACCUGUCGUACAGCUCUAUAACCUGUCGUACAGCCUCUAUAACCUGUCGUACAGCCUCUAUAACCUGUCGUACAGCCUCUAUAACCUGUCGUACAGCCUCUAUGACCUGUCGUACAGCCUCUAUGACCUGUCGUACAGCCUCUAUAACCUGUCGUACAGCUCUAUAACCUGUCGUACAGCUCUAUAACCUGUCGUACAGCUCUAUGACCUGUCAUACAGCCUCUAUGACCUGUCGUACAGCCUCUAUAACCUGUCGUACAGCUCUAUAACCUGUCGUACAGCCUCUAUAACCUGUCGUACAGCCUCUAUAACCUGUCGUACAGCCUCUAUAACCUGUCGUACAGCUCUAUAACCUGUCAUACAGC